AGCGGGCGGCGGCAGCAGCGGCCGCACAUCUGGAUGGAAGCGAGCUUUGUCCAGACCACCAUGGCUCUGGGGCUGUCUUCCAAGAAGGCGUCUUCCCGCAACGUGGCCGUGGAGCGGAGGAACCUGAUCACCGUGUGCAGGUUCUCGGUGAAAACCCUGCUGGAGAAGUACACAGCGGAGCCCAUCGAUGACUCCUCGGAGGAGUUCGUGAACUUUGCAGCCAUCUUGGAGCAGAUCCUCAGUCACCGUUUCAAAGCCUGUGCCCCAGCAGGUCCAGUGAGCUGGUUCAGCUCGGACGGACAGCGGGGCUUCUGGGACUAUAUCCGGCUGGCCUGCAGCAAAGUGCCCAACAACUGCGUGAGCAGCAUCGAGAACAUGGAGAACAUCAGCACUGCCCGAGCCAAGGGCCGGGCCUGGAUCCGGGUGGCACUGAUGGAGAAACGCAUGUCGGAAUACAUCACCACAGCUCUGCGUGACACCCGAACCACCAGGCGGUUCUAUGAUUCUGGCGCCAUCAUGCUUCGGGAGGAAGCCACGGUCCUCACCGGCAUGCUGAUUGGACUGAGCGCCAUCGAUUUCAGCUUCUGCCUGAAGGGCGAAGUGCUGGACGGGAAGACCCCGGUGGUCAUUGAUUACACGCCCUACCUGAAGUUCACCCAGAGCUACGACUACCUGACGGACGAGGAGGAGCGCCACAGCGCCGAGAGCAGCACCAGCGAGGACAACUCGCCCGAGCACCCGUACCUGCCCCUCGUCACCGACGAGGACAGCUGGUACAGCAAGUGGCACAAGAUGGAACAGAAGUUCCGCAUCGUUUACGCACAGAAGGGCUACCUGGAGGAGCUGGUGCGCCUGCGCGAGUCGCAGCUGAAGGACCUGGAGGCUGAGAACCGGCGGCUGCAGUUGCAGCUGGAGGAGGCGGCGGCGCAGAACCAGCGCGAGAAGCGGGAGCUGGAGGGCGUGAUCCUGGAGCUGCAGGAGCAGCUGACAGGUCUGAUCCCCGGUGACCACGUUCCCCUGACCCAAGGCUCCAAAGAGCUCACCACACCCCUGGUCAACCAGUGGCCAUCUCUGGGGACGCUCAGUGGGGCCGAGGGCUCCAACAACCCGAAGCUGUACCGGAGACACAGCUUCAUGAGCACGGAGCCGCUGUCAGCAGAGGCCAGCCUGAGCUCAGACUCCCAGCGCCUGGGGGACAACAAGCGAGAGGAGCCCUGGGGCCCCAUCGGGAAGGACCCCACGCCCUCCAUGCUGGGUCUCUGCGGCUCCCUGGCCUCCAUCCCCAGCUGCAAGUCCCUGGCGAGCUUCAAAUCCAGCGAGUGCCUGAUGAGCAACAGUCCCGAGGGCAGCCCGGCACUGAGCCCCAGCUGAGGAGUGGGGUGGCCAUGCCAGCCCCACUGCCCGGGCCAUGGACGCCUGCCACCUUGCCGCAGAGCCCCCCAUCCAGACAUCUCUGGGGAAAAGCAGGACCCUUGUGCUGUCCAUUUCUGCUCGCAGCUGGAGGCAGCAGGGCUCUGAGAGGAACUGACCAGCCGGAGGGGCCAGGGGGACCACCUUGGGGACACUUGCCCCCUCCUGGCAAGCUUGGUGCCUGGCCGGCUCCGUGCUGGACACUCCCUCAUUCGUCUCCCCCACUUGCCCCCGGAGCUGGUGGUCCAGCAUUGCCACCCCACCACCCACCCAUGUAUCCUCUGGAGUCACCCCCACGGACAGGGAGCUCUGUUGAGGGGGCCACACAAAUAAAAACCAGAGGACGGAA